CUUCUGCGAGUGGGCGGUCCUGCGAGAGGCGGCAUCCAAUAGGAGCAGACGCUGGUCGUGUCGCCAUGGUGACGGGGCUGUGCCCAAGGAGGUUGUGAUGGGUUGGUUGACAGGUGCGUGACAAUCGGAGUUCUCUGCAAGCAUGUACGCCAAAGGCAAGAGCAGCAACGUGCCGUCCGACAGCCAAGCCAGAGAAAAGUUAGCAUUAUAUGUGUACGAGUACCUGCUGCAUGUAGGAGCCCAGAAGUCAGCACAGACUUUCCUCUCAGAGAUCCGAUGGGAGAAGAACAUCACGUUAGGAGAACCUCCAGGGUUUCUCCACUCUUGGUGGUGUGUUUUCUGGGACCUGUACUGUGCAGCCCCGGAGAGAAGAGACACGUGUGAGCACUCCAGCGAGGCCAAGGCCUUCCACGACUACAGUGCAGCAGCAGCCCCCAGCCCCAUCCUCGGGAACCUCACCCCAGGUGAUGGCAUGCCCGUGGGUCCGGUCCCACCAGGAUUUUUCCAGCCUUUUAUGUCCCCUCGAUACCCGGGAGGACCCAGACCGCCCCUCAGGUUACCCAAUCAGGGCCUUGGUGGCGUGCCAGGAAGUCAGCCUAUGUUGGACCCCACGAGACAGCAAGGACAUCCAAAUAUGGGUGGACCAAUGCAGCGGAUGACGCCACCAAGGGGAAUGGUGCCGCUCGGGCCCCAGAGCUAUGGAGGAGGGAUGAGGCCGCCACUGAAUGCAUUAGUUGGGCCGGGCAUGCCGAGCAUCAACAUGGGUCCAGGAGGUGGAAGACCCUGGCCAAAUCCUCCCAAUUCAAAUUCUACUCCUUAUUCGUCUGCAUCUCCAGGCAGUUAUGUGGGACCUCCAGGAGGAGGGGGACCGCCCGGGACCCCAAUCAUGCCAAGUCCAGCAGAUUCAACCAAUUCUGGAGACAACAUGUAUACCAUGAUCAACACAGGCCCCCCGGGUAGCAGUCGACCAAAUUUCCCAAUGGGUUCAGGAGGUGACGGUCCAUUGGGGGGGAUGGCUGGAAUGGAGCCUCAUCACAUGAAUGGAUCAUUAGGCUCUGGCGACAUGGACAGUCUCCCAAAGAACUCUCCAGGGAAUCUGAGUAUGAGUAACCAGCCGGGAACUCCCAGAGAGGAUGGAGAGAUGACUGGAAACUUCCUCAACCCUUUUCAGAGUGAAAGUUAUUCUCCAAACAUGACCAUGAGCGUGUGAAGACAAGGCCGGCAGUUGACUGCUGCCAACCUUCGAUAAAAAGGAUCACACCUGAUGUCACGUUGAGCCAUGACUCCGCCUCCUCCUCCUCCUCGCCCUUGACCUUCCCGAUCGGGACAGCGACCCGGGACGUUGUCCUAACGCCACCCCACCAUCCACCGAUGUUCGUCUCAUCUAACUUGUCCCGUUCCAAAUCACCACUCGGCCACACAUCAAUCCUUCUUCUGCAACUUUGCGACUGUAAAAAGGAACAAUUCAAACACGGGGAGGAAAACCCGAGUGUGUUUGAGCGGGGACCUUUCAUGCCGCAAAAGACAAGACGUAUUUAUUUUAAACAUUAAAGACAAUCUCGAUGGUUAGCUAUACUGUAACCGGUUGUCACCAUUGUUUUUUUUUGUUUGUUUUUUUUACUUUCCAAACAAAUUCUUUACAGAGGGGACACAUUACAGUUGCAUUACCUUAAAAAUGUAUUUGAUUUACCGCAGAUUUGUAGGUUGCUGGCCUUUUCUACAUUUCCUUGUCCUCCACUCACACUAUGUAGGAAGAAACAUGGUAUCUAAUAAAUGUGUUUCUCUCAAUUCUAAUUCUAAAAAGAAGCCAAUUUUCUAAGAUAGACUAAAUCAAAUAAUGACUUCUUUUUGUCUAUUGUGGCCCAUGUAAUGUGUUUUCUGAACUUUGAUGCCAAAUAAUCCACAAUAUUGCUCCAUGACUGCAAUCCAAGUUAUUUACCUUUUUUUUUUUACAGUCGACAUUUACAGUAAGACUACGCAAGAAGAUUCAUCUUCAAAAAAUCCAACUCGUCAUCCGAUCAAACUGUGACAUCAGUGUGGACAAACAGAGUAGUUGGUACAGAAAGUGAGAUGGUUUAUAAUUCUCUUUUUUUUUUUUAUGUUUAAUUUAUGGUGUACAAAAGGUCCACGUGCCUGUGAACAUCCGCAUUCCUAAAUGUACAGCCCACAAAUGUAGCUCACAAAAUGUCUUGUAUGUGUAUUUGAUAUUAUGAUUCAUAUUAUUUAAGGAAACUUCUUAUUGUUAUUGGGAGGAAUGGACUAAUGAUGACAACGCAAUGCGAAACAUUUAACAGGAGAUGGACUUUAUUUGUGAUUCUUUUGUAAGUAUGAAGCCAUAGGUGCGGGUACAAGAUGCAUUUGUAAACUGGACCAUGUUUGGUGGCCGUACGUUGAACUCCAUUUGUGAUGUGAUCACUUCUUUUUUUAUUCUUGUAUUCCGUUUUUGUAAAUAUACAGAGAAGUAUUUCAUGGUUUUGAAUAUGCUAUUAUAAAGCUUCUCUUCCCUCA